AUGAGAUUCUACUCAAAAUCGAAAGCGACUACACUCCUUUUGCUUGGACUGUCUCUUAUCCUCAUCACUGGUUUUGCUUCAGCAAGAUAUCCACCAUUUCCUGGUUCAAGAAGUUCUGAAGUAGGUAUUCAGCAGAGAGGUAGUGGUAGACAAAUUCCUUCGCUAAAACCAAAUGUUCAAAGAAAAGCAGUUAAUUUCGAUAAAAAUGAUGCUUUUUAUGGUUUAUCUCAGUCUGUUUCAAGUAAUACAACUGCUAAUAGUCCAAGGGUGUCGGAGCCAUCCCCAGCUCCUGCAUCUAGGAGUAAUACUACAGCUACUCCAACCAUUAAAAACCAACCGACAGUAAGAUCUACGACUACUGUCACCAAGCCAACUGUCUUGGCAGAGCCAGCCAAUGAUCACUCUGGCUACGAGUGGCUUAAGCCUGACGAGUUCACACUUGCCCAAGAUGGAGAAGAGAGAAAGUACACUGGAAACUUUCCAUGGUGGUUAUCACCACUAAUCGCUCUUGGCUUAAUCCUAGUCGCUUUGCUCAUGUUCUGCACUAUGAGUAAGAAUAAGAACAAGGCAGGAAAAACAUUGCAAAGACAAUCUAGUAAACACGCUACUCAGGAAGCAGCUAUUGAAAGGGAGAUCGCUCAGCAGCUUCAGCAGAGAAAUCAGAACAAUAUCCAGAAUGCAUAAUUACUCAGGAGCUCAAUUUUA